AUGGUACUUUCGCUGCCGGUCCCGAGCUUCUCCAGAUCCUCCCCGCCACGCCCCGCCGAUGACACGUCUGCAUCCCAAGAUCGCCGACAACGCGGCUCAGCCUCGUCCGCGAGCUCUUCCUCCGGUCGAAGUACGUGGAAAUUGCCUCUACUUGGAUCUCACAGUUCAGGCGCGUCGACAGCGUCAAGCCAUUCAUCUAUUACGCUGAGUGAAGCGCUCAGGAACAACCCGUUCGGUAGUACAUCACGGUCUCGCUCCCUUCAAGUUCCUCAACAAUGCCUGGAGAAUGCAAAACAAGAGCAGGAUGAAUGCAAUGCUGCCCUGGAAACAUUAGCAUCUACAUUCCCGGAUAUACGGAUUGAAGUUUUUCGGGAGUUAUUGUUGCGCUUCGAUGGAGAAAGCAGGCUUCAUGUUUGUGUGGAUCAGUUGCUUCGGCACGAGGACAAAUGGGUUCAGGGUCGACGAAUCAUUCCUGAGGGUCAUGAUGGAACCGAGUCAGACCAGAAAGCCAGCUCGAACGCUGAGACGGUCGGCCCUGCAGGUGAGACUGUUGUCCCAGUCGAGGAGCGCUUCCGCUCCAAGGAGUACAAAGCGGCAGUCCAGACGACUUGCAUCAAAGAAUUCGGCAGUCUGAGUAAGAGCGCAAUUGAUGCGGUGUUGGCCGAAGCGAAUUUCAGUUAUCGACGUGCCCGGCCCACGUUGCAAGAUCUUUCGCGGCGCACUUGGCGGGCAACUUUUAACAGCAUCUUGCCAUUCCGUCGCAAAAAAGAUCGAGAAGAGCAUCCGAACAUAGCGUGGCAUCGUCGAACGGACAACGAGUCAACACCUGUACUCAAAGAGACCGGAUGCGCCGAGCUAGAUGCCGAACUGGCAGCGAUGUUCAUUACGCCUGUAAUGAGUCAAAGGCGCAAUGAGCAGGAAAGUGCCGACUUCCGCUUUGCAUCUGAUCUGAACGAGCUAGAAGCCAAAGCUCUGGAUUACCUUUAUGAAUGCGAGUGCUGCUGCGUCGAGGUGCCUUUUGAGCAAAUUGCGACCUGCACAUCUAAUGUCCAUGCGAUCUGCUAUAAUUGCAUUCAGCGGACGGUCCACGAGGCUGUGUUCGGGCAGGGAUGGGCCAAGUCUGUCGAUAUGGCUCGGUCAACGCUGAAAUGUCUCGCUCCUUUGACUCACGGCGUAUGCGAUGGCAGUCUACCCGCGGUACUAGUCAAACAAGCUGUUCUUCAGGACAAGGCUGGCAACGAAACAUACGCCAAGUUUGAAGCUCGCGUGGCUUCGGAAGUCUUGAUAAAAUCUCGAAUGAGGCUUGUUCGCUGUCCGUUCUGUUCCUACGCAGAGGCAGACCCGAUUUAUUACCCAUAUCUCCGUGACGUCCGCUGGCAGGUUCGUCGCAGCAGGAGCCUGAUCUCCUCCAUUCUUGUCACCCUCUUUAUGAUUAUUUUAAUACCCCUGCUAUUAAUUCCUUGUCUCAUCAUUCUCCUCGUGAACUCACCUGCUAUCCCGGCUGUCUAUGAAAACGCAAUCCGGCAUCUUUGCCUCAAAGCACGUUCCAAACGAUUCAUUUGUGCCAACCCGUCUUGUCAACGCGUGAGCUGCAACACAUGUCAAAGGGCCUGGCGCGAUCCUCACGUCUGUUAUGAACCCCUUCUGACAAGCCUCCGAGCUACCGUAGAGGCUGCUCGGACGGCCGCCGUCAAGCGGACUUGUCCGCGCUGUGGCCUCUCCUUCGUCAAGUCUUCGGGCUGUAACAAGCUCACUUGCGUGUGUGGGUACUCGAUGUGCUAUCUCUGCCGGAAACGACUCGGCCCGAAAGCUCAACUUGCACAAGCUCGAGGAUGGCCCGCUUCCAAUGACCAGUACGGCCCAGACGUAGUGGACGGACCUGGUGACCGUCAUCCGGGCGAAGAUGCUCUUGCUGGCGGGAUCGAAGACGAUGAAUUUGAGGAACCGGAUGGAUAUGAGCACUUCUGUCAGCACUUCCGCCUCAACCCUGGCUCUCAAUGCUCCGCCUGCACAAAGUGCGAGCUGUACAAGGCCGAAGACGAAGAAGCUGUUGCCCGGCGUGCCGGUGAACGAGCCGAGCGGGAGUGGCACCUUCGUCAGAGACAAUCUAGCGCCAAUGGCGCGGCCUCAGAGAUGCCAUUAUUCAGCGUCAACGCGGAUCUCUCCGCAGGGUCCAGCAGCCGCUCUUCCGGGCCACCGCACACCAGUGGUCGAUGGGACCUAAAUCCAACGGGAAGACCAUGGCGUUACUGGCUGGAUGAUGUGUGGGUAGACGGGCGCUGGAAGCUUGAAGGCCAGCGAUUCGUGAACUGGAUCGCGGAGCAUAUCAUUGUUAUCGAGGAGACGUGA